AUCAUAUUGCAGUGUGGGAGGAGCUGAAGUGGAGGAAGUCGCUCUACAGCAGUUUGGGUAAUGUUCCUUCAGAUUCAGUUGUGUAAACGAAUCUGACCGCGACCCGCGCUGUGUUUUCAGAGAGAGCGUCGGACGUUUCCGAGCGCAGAAAGAAGAAGUAGCGGGUUUGACUGAGGACGGAGGUUUUGCGGAGCAGCGUUUUAAACUACCUAUAAAGACUAAACUCUGAUUUCACCGGUGUGAAAGCGAGCAGUAUGCAUUCGGACUGCAGGCUGCUAUGGGCAGAGCGGUAAUGGUGGGCAGGGGACCGACAGAGGCCGGGCUUUUCUUCCUGUCGACUCUCAUCAUCCUCACCGCCAGAAGCAGUCGAGCGCAGAAAGGUGAUGGUUGUGGCCCCAGUGUGUUGGGCCCUAGCAGUGGGACCUUGUCCUCUCUGGGUUACCCCGGGACUUACCCCAACCACACGGUGUGUGAGUGGGAGAUCAGUGUGCCGCAGGGCCGGAGGAUACACUUCCGCUUCGCUGACCUGGACAUAGAGGACAGCAACUGUCAGGUCAACUACCUCAGAAUCUACGAUGGUGUAGGACCCCAGAGGACCCAGAUAGUGAAGUUCUGUGGUCUGGGUCUGAAGGUUCCGGAGCUCAUCCAGUCCGGUGGGAACCGGGUCACCAUCCAGUUCAUGAGUGGAACUCACCGCAGUGGGCGGGGCUUCUCCCUGUCCUACUCCACCAUAGAACACACAGAUCUGAUCACCUGUCUCGACAAAGGAAUCCACUUCACUGAGGCAGAGUUCACAAGAUACUGUCCUGCAGGAUGUAUGACCUCUGUUGGGGAGAUUGCUGGGACCGUUCCCCACGGCUACAGAGACUCAUCUCCAGUGUGUCUAGCAGCCAUCCAUGCAGGUGUAGUGUCUAACUCUGUGGGCGGUCAGAUCAGUGUGGUCAGCAGUAAGGGCAUCCCUCACUACGAUGGCUCACUGGCUAACAACGUCUCCUCCACUGUUGGUCCCUUGUCCAACAGCCUCUUCACUUUCAAGACCAGUGGUUGCUAUGGGACACUGGGUCUAGAGUCGGGCGUUGUUAGGGACUCCCAGCUUUCUGCUUCCUCUGUGUGGGAAUGGAGUGACGUGAUUGGCCAGCCCAGCGAGUGGGACCCAUCUGGGGCCCGCCUUAAAAGGGUGGGGCUUCCCUGGGCGUCGGCUCAUAGUGACCAGCAGCAGUGGCUGCAGGUGGACCUGAAGAAGGAGAAGAGGAUUACAGGCAUCACCACUACAGGUUCCACCCUCCUGGAGUAUCAGUUCUACGUGUCAGCCUAUCGGGUCCUCUAUAGCAACGAUGGACAGUACUGGAGCACCUAUCGGGAGGCAGAUGCUACCCAGGACAAGAGUUUUCAAGGAAACACCAACUAUCUCCAGGAAGUGCGCAAUAACUUCAUCCCACCAAUCGAGGCGCGAUAUGUGAGGAUGAGCCCCACCCAGUGGCACCAGCGAAUUGCCCUUAAGUUUGAGCUGCUCGGAUGCCAGUUCCAUCAAGCUAGGCCACGGAUAAACCACCCCCCUCGUCCUCCCCCAGUGGCCACAGACACCCCCUCACUGUACGGCUUGACCACCCACACCCCUGAAAUCAGAAACACCACCAUGCCCCCACGCACCAGUAACGAUGUGGCAUUGGCAGCAGUGUUGGUGCCAGUGUUGGUCAUGGUUCUGACCGCCCUCGUCUUGACCAUGGUCUGUGCCUGGCACUGGAGAAACAGGAAGAAGAGUUCAGAGGGGGCUUAUGAUUUACCUCAUUGGGACCGUACAGACUGGUGGAAGAGUAUGAAGCAGUUCCUGCCGUCCAAGAUAGCGGAGGGGGAGCAGUCAGUCCGCUACUGCAGCAGUGAAGUGGGCCGGCUCAGAGGAAGAGGGAUCGCCCCUAGACUACAGGCCAAACCCGCAGGUAUAUACACACACACACACACCGAACUGAGUGUUUAUAUGUGUAACACACCCUCUUCAUCUCCUCCAUUAGAAUAUGCCCAGCCCCUGGUGAGCGGUGUGGUGACAACACUAGGUCAGAGAUCAACCUUCAAGCCAGAGGAAGGUUCUGACCACUGCUACACUGACCCUGACCUCUACGGUGCUCCUAUGGCAACAGACAUCUACCACGCCUAUGCUGAACCCCUGCCCGCCUCCGGUGCUGAGUAUGCCACACCCAUCGUGAUUGACAUUGCAAGCCACCUAUCAGGGAGCUCCUUGCUGAGCCAGCCACCCACAGUCUCCAGCUUCAUGGGCCGUGGCCCUGCCUCCCUACUCACGCGGACAGACAGUGGGCAAUCGGGUAGGUCAAUGUAUGACACGCCCAAGAGUACAGGACAGGCCACGCCCACUAAGGAUCUAGCCUAUCAGGUGCCUCAGAGCAGCUCUCAGAAGCCAGCGGGGCAGAGCUGAAGGGGUGGAGUGAGGAAUGUGAUUGGCCGUUACCAUAAACCACAUCCCCCAUGGACAGAGAGAGGGGGAUGUAAAACCUGGGUCUGAGUCUGUAAAAAACACACUGCCUUCAAGUUAGUUCACUUGGUAUGUGAGUGUGUCUACACAGGAGUCUAUAUGUACAGUAUGUGUGUGUUUACAUAUACAUGCGUGGCCGGAGAGUGCUAGCAUAGUGCCAUACCAGUCUUAUCACUGAAACCACAAAGAUGAAUGUCUACAUGAAAGAGGAGAGAUGGAGAGCUCACUACUGUUUCAGACAGGCUUAAUCCACUCUGUCAGUGUGUCUUCAUUUUAUGUUUAGUCAAACUGUGAGUUUAUAUUCCUUUCAUGUGUCAUUUUAAAAGUUAGAUAAUUCUCCGAAGAUAGGUUCUCUGAAAUGGUUGCCUUCGAUAGAAAGGCAAUGUUUCUACCACUAAUGUGUUCUAAUAGGUGACCUUUGGCCUUUAUGCAAACACUAUGUCAUUUUUACUACGGUACGCUUUGAUUGGAGGCUUUUAGAUCUGUUAGUUCUCAAAAUCAGAUCUCUUAACUUUUGAAUUUAACCAAUCACCUUUGUACAUAAAUCUAGAGUGAAAUCCACACCAAAAACCUGUGCUCAAGUUACUCAAAAUGAAUUUAUUUUAUUUAUUUUUCUUUCAUAAUUCCUGCUGAAAAGGACAUACUCUCACUUGAAUGUUCCCAACCAUUAUGGACAGCGGUGACGAAUCCGCUUCCACGAGGAAGGCAUCAAAUAAUGAUGGUUGCACUGUUUUCAUGGUUACACUGUUGUCAUGGACACCUUGCCUCACGUGACACUGGUUGGUGACAGGUCAAAAAAAGACCCCAUACACAAAGUUUAGGUGCCAUUUGUGUUCGCCUGAUUGGAUUCACACACUGCCAGAUUAGGACCAGUGACUUGAGGCAGAAUCCGCUGUCAUGGUGAGCCAAGAGAGGAGCUGCCCAACUGAAGGGCUGAGUUCUCUACAGAAUGUCAGUGAGACUAAAUGUUUCCUUGUGUUUUACUAUUAUGCAUCAUAUAGCCAUGCAUGCAAAUAUGGCCACUGUCUGUAAGUUCACACAGAAUCCAGAGGUUGUAGGAUGUCUGUGUGUGCUAGUUAGAAGAAGCUAGAGUCUACACUAGUGACCGGUCAGCAUACUGAAUAUGUAUCAAUAUGUACAGAAACAUUUCAAAUUCCAAUAUACAUUAUGCGUGUGAAUGUGCAUCUGUGUCUGAAUUACUCUCCUGUGUGUAUUUCUUGGACAUUGUUUGUCUUUUCUGUGAUUGUUGUGUUUCGUGUGUGUACGUGAUGACUUUCCUUAUUGUCUUUGUGCGAGUAGCUGUGUCUGUUGAACCUUUGUAUCGGUGUGUGUGUGUGUAUCUUUGUAUGGCAGUCCUAAAGCGAGCAUCUGUGUGAAGCUAUGUUUGUAUGUCUGUCCCUAUGAGUGUACUGUAUCUGUGUUUGAUUAGUCAUAUCUAUAGUAAUGGAUGUGAGGAGAUCAUUUGUCAGCUCACUCUGUCCUGAACACCAAAUCUGAUCCUGGACCAUUUGAACUUGUGUGUCGUUAAAGGUUAGGACAUCAGUAAGGAAGGCUGGCCCUAGGUCAUUGUGCGUGUUUCUGUGAGUUCACAGAUUGUACAAAGAGAAAUAAAGACAUUGAAAAUAAGU